UUAUUAUUCCUUAUUCCAUGCUGUCACUUUUGAGCUUUGCUUUUGAGCAUACCUGGUUUUCUUAAACCAUGGUCUGUCGUGCGCAUAGAUAAGAGUACCUAUAUUUUGUCGUGUUGAUUGUUGAUGUCGUGCGUGUAGGUAUUGGGUGUCUUUACCAUAAUACUGUAAAUAAACGAUUAUUGGUGAUCUAAUUUAAAUAGUCUGUGAAGCGCAGUGACGUGAACUACGAUAUCGGGGCGGUGCCGGCGGAAACAGAACAGCCCCCGCCUGCACUCUGUGCGGCGCCACACUCGGAGGCCGGUGUCCACUUGAAGUUUUGAUAAGAGCAGAAUGGGGGAAAAGUAUGUGGUGAAUGGAGUGAGUGUGGAGACCGUUGACGAGGUGUGUGGGGCGGAGUGGGAGGCACUGGUGCUGGUGACAGCGGAGGGGUUGCCCACGCUGCACGUGCUGGAGGACUUUGUGGCUGCACACCACGAGCUUGACCCACCUAGCAAACAGCGCGGCUGUGUGAGCGUGGUGCGGUGCAGCCGCGUGUGCGGGGCGCGGCUGGUGCUGAGCGCCGCCGGCGAGCUGGGGCCCUACGACGACGUGCGGUCGCUGGGCGAGGCCAUGCGGGCGGGCGUGGGGCGCGCGGCGGCGCUGGGCGCCGGGCGCGUCGUGGUGGCGCUGCAGCCGCACCCGCGCUUCCCGCGGGCGCCGCUCGUCAUGCUGCUGGCCGCGCUCGAGGCGCUCUACGUCCCGCUGCAGAUCCGCGAGUCGUUCCCGUGGCGCGCGCACGGCGUGUCGGCGCUGGGCGUGUACGCGGAGCGGCUGGAGGCGGGCGGGCUGCUGCGGCGCGGCGCGGCGCUGGAGGCGGGCCGCGCGCUGGCGCGGGACGUGGGCGGCGCCGACCCCGAGCGCAUGGCGCCGCUGCAGUGCGCGCGGCACAUCGCGGCGGCGCUGCGCGCGGGGCCCGUGGCCGUGCGCCUGCUGGACGACGCGGCCGAGCUGCGGCGCCGCUACCCGCUGCUGAGCGCCGUGAGCCGCGCGGCCGACACCGUGCCCCACCACCGCGGGUGCGUGGUGUUCCUGGAGUACGAGCCGGCGGAGUACGACCGCACGCUCAUGUUCGUCGGCAAGGGCGUGACGUACGACACGGGCGGCUGCGACAUCAAGGCGGGCGGCAACAUGGCGGGCAUGUCGCGGGACAAGUGCGGCGCCGCCGCCAUCGCCGGCUUUUUUAAGGCGUGCGAGGCCCUGCAGCCGCGAGUGAAGGCGGUGGCGUCGCUGGGCUUCGUGCGCAACUCGGUGGGCGCGGCCGCGUACGUGGCGGACGAGCUGCUGACGUCGGCGCGGGGGGACGCCGUGCGGGUGGGCAACACCGACGCUGAGGGCCGGCUGGUGAUGGCGGACCUGCUGGCCGAGCUGGCGGCGGAUGCGGCGUCGCAGCGCGCCGCGCACGUGUACAGCGUGGCCACGCUGACGGGGCACGCGCUGCGCGCCGUGGGCGCCGGCUACAGCGUGGUGCUGGACAACCACGUGGCGCGGGCCGCGGGCCACGCGCACAAGCUGCAGCAGGCCGGGGACGCCGUGGGGGACAUGAUCGAGGUGUCGACGAUCCGGCGCGAGGACCUGUGGUUCCACGCGGGCCGCGCGGCCGGGGACAGCCUGCACCAGGCCGACAGCCGCGCCUCCGUGCAGCUGCCGCGCGGCCACCAGUCGCCAGGGGCCUCUGGCGGGUCAAUGGUAGCUGUGACGUGCGUGUACGGCGUGUGCAGGGCCCGGCGGGCUUCCUGUUGCUGGCGGCGGGGCUGGCGGCGGGCGGCGUGGCGUACUCGCACGUGGACGUGGCGGCCAGCGCCGGCUGCUUCCCGGCCGCGCCCACGGCCGCGCCGCUGCUGGCGCUGGCCUCGCUGGCCGGCCUGCUCGACGCCUAGCUGCACUCACUGUCUCCUUCUGUAUUCCUUGUGCAUAAUAACAUUGUGAUAGAUCGAAUACAUAUUUUUAUACUGGAAGCAUAAUACUGCGAUUGCAUAAUAUUUAGAUAUACAGAUAUACUCAUGUUAA